AUGUUACAGCUUUUCGACAUAGAGCUCAACAUUUAUGAAGCACAUGUUGCUGUCAAGAUUCUUAGAUCUGAACAUUUAAAUGAUGAAACAUUGGGGAAUGAAUUCGCUCAUGAAGUAGCCAUGCUCAGGGAGGUUCAGCAUGCCGAUGUUGUUCGUUUUAUUGGUGCAUGCAUGAAGAAACCUCCUUUGUGCAUAAUAACAGAAUACAUGCCUGGAGGGAGUCUUUAUGAGUACUUACAUAAAAACCAUAGCAUCUUGAAGCUUCCACAGUUAGUGAAGUUUGUUAUAGAUGUUUGCAAAGGAAUGGAGAACUUGCACAACAACAACAUAAUUCAUAGGGAUUUCAAGACUGCAAAUUUGCUCAUGGACACUCAAAAUGUUGUGAAGGUGGCAGAUUUUGGGUUUGCCCGAGGUAUUGAUCUACGGUGUUCAGGCUGCAUUUUAGCAGAGUUAUUGGCUGGGAAACCUAUCAUGCCUGGUCGAACAGAGGUGGAGCAGCUUUAUAAGAUUUUUAAGCUAUGUGGUUCUCCUUCUGAUGAAUAUUGGAAAAAAUCUAAGCUUCCACAUGCAACCAUAUUUAAGCCACAACAGUCGUAUCGAAGAUGCAUUGCAGAGACAUUUAAAGAAUUUCCAGCAUCUUCUUUACCAUUAAUUGAUACCCUUCUUUCUAUUGAUCCAUCUUAG